AUGGCUGCCCCAUCCAGCAAGCCUGUACAGGCGCCAAAAUCCACUACCUCACCAACUUCGUCCACCAAUGCGACAGCUCGUCUCGAAAAGGCCCAUCCCGGCGUUCGUCGUUCAACCCCCGAUUCAGACGCUCUGGCAUCUUCAGACGAUGAUGGGGACCACUCUCAGCAGACGCAGCCCCCGACCUCCUCUGUGUCCAUUCCCAAGCCCGGUCGCCGCACGUCCUGGUUGAACGAAGUCCCUGUACACGUUACCCGCAAGUCUUCUUUGACAACUACUGCCCCUCUAUCAUCGGGAACUUCCAACCCGACUAGCCCCGCAACUGAUCAGGCUGUGUGGAGCACGAGUCCGGGUUUGGGUGGCUCGAUCGCGUGGAACCACGUUGGAAGUAGCUCAUUCCCAUGGGGUACGGGUAUUUGGAAUUCGGAUUCUCGAAAAGAGCCACCUCCUCGCCUCUCAGAGAUUGUUCCGUCCCCCACUACUUCGAAUACUUAUCUCGCAGAGGAGCUACUGAGCCCGACCGCCCGUACUUCGUCUGGGGACGCGGGUAUCCCAUUUUCCAUUCCUCUUCAUCCGACUCCCAAGACUUAUCGGUCUCAAUCGUACUCAGUGGGCCAAUUGGACCCCGAGUUUCUAACCCAGAUGGCCAGCAAUUCGGGAGCAGCGCAGGCUCCAUACCCCAAUGCGCGCCCUCGCAAUAGUGUUAACCAGCUGUCCGCCUUGCAGCAUCGUUCAUCGCGCCCCAGCCUUCUUGGAGAGUUGGGUCACGACCCUGCGACGCUUGACCGUGUGCGUGAAGAUGAAGAUGAUGAGGAGGGUAGCGCCAACGGCUCUGAUGGCAGCAUGAACUAUACUGUCAACCAAGCGCGCACCAUUGAGCAGCUCUCCAGGGAGAACGCCCUUUUGCGCCAGGCGGCUAUAGAUAACAGUAUGAGGGACCGUCGCGGAUCAACUGCGUCUGCAAACGGUGGCUACGCGGUUGGUGGCGCGCCUCGUAACUUGCAUGCUAUUCGCGGAAGUGUGCCCGAAGAGACAGAUCUAGACGUCCACGACCUGGAUGAGCUCCGCAGCAUUCAUGGAUACAACAACAAUCUCGGUGGCCCGAAGAGGCGCUUCUCCGAACAUUCUGCUAAUCUGGAAAAGCAAUUUUCAGGGCUUGCUCCCUUGGAAAACCGCGCCCUAGAUAAUGUUCGAAAGGCUCAUUGGCAGACUUCCCUUGGUUUUGACAGUAUCCCAGAGAUACCCCAGAGUCGCCGUCACUCCUUUGCGGAUAUUCCCAUGCGACACACCUCCAUCAGUUCCGCUGCCGGUGAUUCGCAGGCUCCCGUCAACUUUAGGACUGGAUUGGGAGACCUGGAGGACGAACACCCUCAUAUCGCUGAUGGACCCCUUGGGAAUGCCCCAGGACAGACCCGUGAGUACCACCAAAGCUCUUCCCAGAUGGUCCCUUAUUUGAAUCCCGAGGAGUUGGAGGAAAUGAGAUUGGAACAAAUUCAUUUACAAGCCCGUCAAUUUGCAGCUUCGUACUUCUCCCACGAGCAAAGCCUUCGCAUGGCCGACGAGGCGCGUCUCCCUACGUCUCUGCACUCGACCUAUUCCCUCCCCCACCAUGGCUAUGGCCGCCACCAGCCCCCUCUUGCGCAUUUCCACCAGAACCAGCUUCUCUACAUCGUGACCUUCAAGUGUCACCGCGCGGAUGUUUUCUACAUCCAGGAAGACACCGGCCUUCAGGUGAAGCCGGGCGAUCUGGUUAUUGUCGAAGCGGAUCGAGGCAUGGACCUAGGAACCAUCCAGCACGCCAACGUUUCGCUACAAAAAGCCCGUGAGCUCAAGCAGCAGUACGCGGAAGAACACUACAAGUGGUUGAUGAUGUUCUCUCGCCAGGGCCAGAAUGGUGGUACCAACGUUGUUGAUCCGUCUGGAAACAUUCCCGGUUUGAAUGGCAGAAGCGCUAUCGGUGGCAUGGGUCCUCAUGGCUCCCACGGUGGCCCACAGGAGGCGCCUGCUGACAUUAAGCCGAAAUUGAUUAAGAGACUGGCUCAGAACCAUGAGAUUUUGACGCUUCGCGAUAAGGAAGGUAACGAGGCGAAGGCCAAACGGGUCUGCCAGCAGAAAGUUGUAGAGCACCGUCUCAAUAUGGAGAUUUUGGAUGCUGAGUUCCAGAUGGACUGGAAGAAGCUUACUUUUUAUUACUUUGCGGACUCAUACAUCAACUUCAACUCGCUUGUGACUGAUCUUUUCAAGAUCUACAAGACCAGAAUCUGGAUGUCCGCCAUCAACCCUGCGUCGUUUGCUACUCCGCCUGGCGUUGGCUUGCCCUCUUCCGGUGCCAUGAGCAACCCCCUGUACCAAGAGUCGCAGUCAGACCGGCGUCAUCAGCAUGACGCCCGCCCUUACGGCAAUGGUCGAGAUUUCGCAAACGAAAUGCUGCGCAACCCUUACGCAGAUACCUAUCAGUCAUUCGGCCAGGCCCCUCGCCAUCCCGAAGCUGGCCUUGGUGGAUUCGGCAUGCAAGGCCAACCCGAUCCGUUUUCGGCCUAUGGACCUACAGCCUACGGCCCGAUAGAGACGGGAUUCGUGGACUAUGCAGCCUCUCCUCGCAUGCCUCCAGCCGCCAGUGACUGGACUAGUCGAUUCCAGGGCCUGUCACUUGGCUCUUAA